GUUUGAAUUAUGUCCUAAGCGAGGUUUUAUUGUAAUUUCGUGUUAAAAUUGGAUUAUGUUAAUUGGGUCUUGUCAAAAAUUAUGAAAAAAGGUAAUAUGAGGAGGGUUAAUAUGGUUAUUGAGCAAUGGUUGACGAGUGUUAGCGAGAAGUUAGAGACUGAGGGUUGAUCUUCUUUUCUUUCUGAUCAUUAUUACCGAUGAACAUUCUCAAAUUUUUUUUUUUUUUUUUUUAAAGUUUAGCUUCUGAUUGAGAAUUUGAAAAAGAUACCAGAAAGAAACAGAGAAAGAGUACGGAAGAUCAUGGCGUGGGAGGUGGUAUAUACCAUCAUAUAUGACCUCUACUCUAUGUUUCAGUACAGUGGUUUGUGAAGGAAACUGCAUCUAAAUUUUCUUUCCUCUCUUAUACUUUUCUUUGGCAUCAUCAUUUACUCUAUGAUGGAGACAUGAUCAUGAUCAUAAAAGGCCUUGAAGCUCUGCCAUGGCGGAUCAUAAUCAGAAGGAAACUUCACCCACCACAGUUACAAUCAACAUGUCCUCCAAAAAGAAAGAGCUUCUGUCCACUGCCAUGAAGAGAACCAGUGAAUGGAUUUGCUCUCAGGAAAUUCCAAGUGAUGUCACUGUUCAUGUUGGUGGAGCUUCUUUUUCAUUGCAUAAGUUUCCAUUAGUCUCAAAGUGUGGAUACAUAAGAAAAUUAGUUUCAGAAUCCACUGAUGCUGAUAUUUCCGCCAUCGAAAUCCUGGACAUCCCUGGUGGAGCGGAAUCAUUUGAGCACGCUGCAAAGUUUUGUUACGGAAUAAAUUUCGAGAUAAGCACCGAAAACAUUGCCAUGCUCCGAUGUGCAGCUGAGUACCUCGAGAUGACAGAGGACUACUCAGUGGGAAACCUGGUAGAAAGAACCGAAGCUUAUAUAAAUGAAGUGGCGCUCAAGAGCCUUUCAGGUGCAGUCACUGUUUUGCACGCUUCAGAAUGUCUCCUUCCAAUUGCAGAGACAGUGAAAUUGGUGAGCAGAUGCAUUGAUUCCAUAGCUUAUAUUGUCUGUAAAGACAGCCAGUUCUGUUUAUCUGGGAGGGCAACAGGGAAUUCUGCAGGCAAUGAGGUUGCGAUUUCAACAGGUUCUCAUCAUAAGCCAGUGGGAGAUUGGUGGGCUGAAGACUUAACUAUUUUCAGAAUUGACAUAUUUCAGAGGGUUCUCAUUGCAAUUAUGGCAAGAGGGUUUAAACAAUUUGCACUUGCCCCCGUCCUCAUGCUCUACGCUCAGAAAUCCCUUCGAGUGCAGGAGACAUUUGGGAAAGGGAGGAAGAAGAUGGAACCGCGACAAGAGCACGAGAAGAGAGUUGUUUUGGAAACAAUAGUGAGUCUUUUGCCAAGGGAGAGGAAUGCAAUGUCUGUUAGUUUUCUUUCCAUGCUCCUCCGUGCUGCAAUUUAUCUAGAGACAACGGUAGCCUGCCGUCUAGAUUUGGAGAAGAGGAUGGCAUUGCAAUUAGGCCAGGCUGUUCUUGAUGAUCUUCUCAUUCCUUCUUAUUCUUUUACUGGAGACACGUUGUUUGAUGUUGAUACCGUACAACGGAUCAUGAUGAAUUACCUUGAAUCUGAAGUAGAAGGGAAUCGACUAGGCUAUAACGAAGGGGAUGAUUAUGUUUCCCAUCUGGCAAAUGAUAUGGAAAGGGUAGGGAAGUUAAUGGAGAAUUACCUUGCAGAAAUUGCUUCUGAUCGGAAUCUAUCUGUCUCGAAAUUCAUUGGUUUGGCUGAAAUUAUCCCGGAACAAUUUAGGGUAACCGAAGAUGGGAUGUACCGAGCGAUAGAUAUUUACCUCAAGGCUCAUCCCCUGCUGAGUGACAUGGAGAGAAAAAAAGUAUGCAGCUUGAUGGACUGUCAAAAGCUAUCAAGAGAGGCGUGUGCUCAUGCAGCUCAAAACGACAGGCUCCCAGUCCAAACAGUCGUUCAAGUCCUCUACUACGAGCAGCAACGUCUCCGGGAUGUCAUGAACGGCAGCGUUUCGAGUGAAGAUUCUCCUUCAACCCUUGCUUCCAAGCUGAAUUCAUACCCAGCUGAACAAAACCGUCCGGUUUCAGAUGAACUCUCCAAGCUAAAAAGGGAGAAUGAGGACCUGAAAAUUGAGCUGGUUAAGAUGAAAAUGAGGAUGAAAGAGAUCGAAAAAUCAGCUAUAGUUAAAUCAGCAGUGAACAGUCCAAUGGGAAUCAUUCCGGCGUCGGCUGACAGACCUCCUCUGCCUCGAAAAUCGUUUAUCAACACCGUGUCGAAAAGGCUGGGACGGCUUUAUCCUUUUGUACGGACAGAUGGAGUCACUACAGGAUCGAAAACUCGGACCAAACCCAGCAAAGAUAGGCGGCAUUCAAUUUCUUGAAAUGAAAGUUGAAAUGCAUUUUGUCAAGAGAGUUAAAUAUAUAUAUAUAUAUAUAUUUAGUGUUCUUGUCAGUUUGAUUUUUUGAGGCUUGGGAAAACAUAUAUAGCUUUCCUUUCUCCUUGUUUUCUCUCUUUUUUAAUCCUUCAUGUGUUUCUUUUUUGUGUGAUGUUAUGUUGUAAAUAUACAAGUAUAUAAAAUUGAGCAGGCUGGUUCUGUAAA